UCUCUCUCUCUCUCUCUCACAAAGGGAAAAUGGGGGCACUCGAUUACCUCUCGAACUUUUGCACUGAUGUAAGAGUCACCAGGCCCAGGCGCAAACCAAUGCAGACUGUUGAGAUCAAAGUUAAAAUGGACUGUGAUGGCUGCGAACGAAGAGUUAGAAAUGCUGUCACUCGCAUGAAAGGGGUGAAAUCUGUGGAGGUGAACAGAAAAGAAAGCCGUGUGACAGUGAGUGGAUAUGUGGAUCCAAACAAGGUGUUAAAGAGGAUUAGGAGAACUGGCAAGAAAAGAGCUGAGUUUUGGCCUUAUGUUCCUCAACAUCUUGUCCAUUUUCCUUAUGUUUCCGGUGUCUACGACAAGAGGGCGCCGGCCGGCUAUGUCCGGAACGUCAAUAUCGUGACCCCGUCGGCCGCGGCAUCAAACACGGCGGAGGAGCAAGUCAUGUCCUUCUUCAGUGAUGAUAAUGUAAAUGCUUGUUCCAUAAUGUAACGGUGCAAUUUGAUGCCAUGAUCAAGUAAUUUUAAUGUGGGUAAAUUGAUUAUGGUUAAAAUAAUUAAUAU